AUGGCUGCCCCUACCGCAACCACCGAGACAGUACCACCCGAGCCCGAAUUCCGGAGAUCUAGGCGCCUUCAGAACCUACCCCCCCAUCAAGACGUCCGAGUUCAAGAACAAACCUGGAAUGGCGUAACAAUUGAAAGACACGUCCUCUACGACAACGAAAGAAAAAAUGUGAUCAGGCCGUAUGCUGAAAAGGCCCUCAACGUCAAUCUCGAAAACCUACAUCCAGGAAGAAUUAUCAAAGUGGUGGAUGCUUACCCACAGACAAAUCUGGAGGUCCACCCUCGUGAUCGCGAUAUUGGACAUACGAAGCUAGCCGGGGCUAUCGGUGCUAAGUUUCGUUAUAUGAUAGUGGUUUGGCGGACUUUCAAUGGUGUGGCUGCGGUUCCGCUGUACACCCUCAAGGAAGCCCAAAUGCACGAGGACAGAAUAAACGAAUUCGUGAGCAUCACCACCAAUGCGACUUGGCAAGGGAACACGCCUUGGGCAGGUAUGCCGCUCUUGAUGAAAACGAAUCAAGCAUAUCAACUGGAACCCAACUGCUAUGCCGACCUUUCUCGCCCUCACUGGGUUUCGAAGUUCGAAAAAAUCAUCGACGAUGUCGGUCACAUUGACGGCGGCGAGUUUUCAAAGCUAAUCGAUCUGCUCGAAGUGAAAGAGAUGGAGUACAGGAUCGGGGCCUUUGACAGGUUUAGCACAGCCACUUUGACAGAACUUUAUGAACCACAAGAAGCCCAUGUCCCCAAGCCUAAAGUAAGGCAUAGAGACGACAAGACAGCGAGGAUGGAGAAGAUACGCUUCACACGGGUCUAG